UUCAGACGGUGCUACGCAGGCAGAAGAAAAGAGGUGCUACGCAGGCAGCAGUUCCGCUAACGUUAGGUCUUCUGUUCGUAAAUCACCAAUGUCUGAGUUUUGACGCAUUCCGUAUAUUUAUCGCAUGUAAAUAUCUCAACCGAAUCCUUAAGUAGUCCGUCAAACCAAAAUGUUCCUUUUCCACCGUGUUUGUGUUGUUUUGUUUUUGUUUUCGCUGUGUGGAUCGCUGCGGGAUGCAUUUUGUUUCUAUCUUCCUGGUUUGGCCCCGGUCAGCUUCUGCGAGAAAGACGCGAGCGGCAAAGACAGCGAAGUGCCAGACUGCAAAUCAACCAUUGAGCUUUUUGUGAACAGACUGGAUUCGGUGGAGUCUGUUUUGCCAUAUGAAUACACAGCGUUUGAUUUCUGUGCUGACCAGUCUGAGAAGCGUCCAUCUGAGAACUUGGGUCAGGUGCUGUUUGGCGAGAGAAUUGAACCGUCUCCAUAUAAGUUUUUCUUCAAGAAAAAUGAGGAAUGCAAGAGUGUCUGCCUUAAACAAUACAACACAGACAAAAAAAUGGAGGAUAAAGCCAAACUGGAUUUCCUUAAGAAGGGCAUGCUUCUCAAUUACCAACACCACUGGAUUGUUGAUAAUAUGCCGGUGACCUGGUGUUAUGAUGUGGAGGAUAAUCAGAAGUUCUGUAAUCCUGGCUUCCCAAUUGGUUGCUAUGUCACAGAGACAGGUCGGGCAAAAGAUGCUUGUGUGGUCAAUGCUGACUUCAACGACAAAGACACAUUCUACAUCUUCAACCAUGUGGACAUAACCAUCUACUACCAUGUGGUUGAGAACGAGGCUGCUGGUGCCAGGCUGGUUGCAGCUAAAUUAGAGCCUAAGAGCUAUAAGCACACAAAUGUGGACAAACCAGAUUGCACAGGACCUCCCAUGAGCCUGAGCAACAAGUUUACUGGAGAGAUCAAGAUUCCCUACACUUACACUGUCAAGUUUGUGGAGGAUAAACAGAUUCGCUGGGCCUCUCGAUGGGAUUAUAUUCUUGAGUCUAUGCCACACACCAACAUUCAGUGGUUCAGUAUCAUGAACUCAUUGGUGAUUGUACUCUUCCUCUCGGGGAUGGUCGCUAUGAUUAUGCUUAGGACGCUACAUAAGGACAUUGCUCGAUACAAUCAGAUGGACUCUGUGGAGGAUGCUCAGGAAGAAUUUGGGUGGAAGCUUGUUCAUGGAGAUGUCUUCAGGCCUCCCAUGAAAGGCAUGCUGCUGUCUGUGUUCCUAGGCUCAGGGACCCAGAUCUUCAUCAUGACAUUUGUUACUUUAUUUUUUGCAUGUCUGGGUUUCCUAUCGCCUGCUAAUCGCGGAGCUCUAAUGACAUGUGCAGUGGUGCUUUGGGUGCUGCUGGGUACUCCAGCUGGUUAUGUGGCUGCCCGCUACUACAAAUCCUUUGGUGGGGAGAAGUGGAAGACCAAUGUUCUGUUGACAGCGUUUCUGUGUCCAGGGGUAGUGUUUGCCGAUUUCUUUGUAAUGAAUCUAAUUUUGUGGGGUGAGGGUUCGUCAGCUGCCAUGCCCUUUGGGACUCUUGUGGCCAUACUGGCUCUGUGGUUCUGCAUUUCCGUACCCCUCACCUUUAUUGGAGCAUACUUUGGCUUUAAGAAGAGUGGGAUUGAACAUCCUGUGCGGACCAAUCAGAUUCCCAGACAAAUUCCAGAGCAGUCCUUUUACACUAAACCUCUUCCUGGCAUUGUCAUGGGUGGAAUCCUGCCAUUUGGGUGCAUCUUUAUCCAGUUGUUCUUCAUUCUUAACAGCAUCUGGUCAGUACUUAUGUCCAAAUAAGUAUUCUUGUUUUAA